CGGAUGUUUUCUUCCGGAUGCGCGGGCUCUAGCCAAGGAUAAAUACUUUUCCGUUCACAAGCGGUACUUUCCGUAGAGGAAAUUUCUUUGUGUGUAUUUUAUUCUGCUGUGUGGCAACAGAGUAGAAAGUUGAAACUGCUGGUGGCAAACAACUAUGACGGACACCGAGGAAAUAGCGAAACUGGUUGACAAUGCUUACAAGAACAUCUUAGAAAAAUUCAAUCCGUGUGCUCGACAACUAAUAUCAGCUGGAAAAGCAUACCUUAAAUCCCUUCAUGGUGCUGUUGCUUCAUCGAAAACGUAUCUAGAAAGUAUUAGCAAAUUAGCCAGGCACGCCCACCAAGGAACUUUGGGUGGUUCAACAGAUAUUGGAACAGCUUUGAUGCAGCUGGUGGAGGUACAUAAAGAAAUCCAUGCUCAACAAACAAACAUACUCAAAGCCUUUUAUGUGGACUUAUUACUUCCAUUAGAAUCAAAUUUGGAAAAGGAUACGAAAGUCGUUGCGGGAGAGCACAAGCGUUUUCUGCAACAGCACAAGUGUCACCACGAUUCCUACCAAAAGGCCCUAUCCAUGUGCAAAAAGCAUAAGAAAAGGAGCAGAACUAGUAUCUGCAGCAUAGGUAAAGAUGUCAAACAAUUGCAUGCAAUGGAGGACGAGAAGAAGAAAUUAGAUGGCUUUUGUGAGCAAAGUUUAAAGCAGGCGAUCACUCAAGAGCGCCGAAGAUAUGGGUUCGUAUUGGAACGCCAGUGCUCCCUCGCGAAACACUACUUGGCAUACCAUACGAAGGGUCAAGCAGUGUUGCAGCACAACUUAGACCAAUGGCUAGAAAUCGUAAAAACGAGAGAAUACCUUCCAGAGUCAAUAGAAAAAAUGUUUGAUGGCAACAACAUUUGCAAGUCCGGUAGUGAAUAUGCCAGUUCAUCCAUAGUGAUGAGUCCCAUGUCCUGCCAGAACAUGAGCUGCACAACAUCACCCACAGUGGGAAUGAGGAAGACUCAAAGUAUAGAUGCCAGCUACUUAGAUCUCAGGGAUUACGAAGAUGCUCCGUAUCCACGUCCCCUGUCCAGAGCAAAAUCAGACUUCAAUCUCACUUCUUCAAGCGCAAGUCUUGUCUCCAGCGAUUACGGUUCUUCGCUGAGAGCCAAAAAUAUGGCUUCUGUAGGAGCUAAGUCAUCCAAUUAUCAUGUGAGGGCUCUUUAUUCGUAUCUGUCUAGUGGCGAACAUCAGCUCAGUUUUCAUGAAGGUGACGUAAUCGUCCUCAUAGGUGAAAGGAAUAAAGGAUGGCAGUAUGGUGAAAAUCUCAGGAAUCACAGGGUAGGAUGGUUUCCUAUCGCCUAUACGGAACCUAUCCUAGAUAGCUCAGAGAGCGAAGAACACAGUAGCAGCAGUCCAGACCGAAGCCAGUGGGGUGAAAAAUCAGACGCGAGAGGUUUCCCUAGCGUAGGAGGCUCACCCCUAUCUAGAAGUCCAAGAAGACCCUCCAGCAGCUACACCCUCAGCGCGCAUGCCAUGUGCCCCGAACAGGACACCGUACCGUCUCUGGUUCCAUGUGGUCCCAAAAACAACAGACCUCAUUCCACAUUCACAGACAGCCCUCUCUUUACAGCCAAGGAACUAAUACCAAAGGCAACACCAGUGAAAUCCAAACAGCCGCCUAGAACACCCCUGCAUGAUGCCAACCACCCGACCGCUGCACCUGCUGCAAAUCCUACCUAUGCUUCCAUCAAAUUCCACCAUCCACCUCUGAAAGAGCUGCAGGAGACGCCUCAAAUCUUCCGAUCGCCAAGGAGGUCCCUGACUGCUCCUUUUCCCAUCUCAGUGCCUCCACCUAACCUGCCCACGUCUGCCUCCCUCCACAGCAGCAAUGACAGUGGUUUCUGCAAUGACGCUAAUAGCGGCCAUUCCCAGACCAGCCCUACUCCUUCCUCACAAUCCGAUCUCCCACCAGCCGAAGCGGUUGAAAAAGAAGCCAGGGAUAAUAUAUUUGCGAGUGUGAAACUGAAAAAAGUUGUCACCAAUGACAGAUCGGCUCCUAUGAUUACAUAAGCCAGACAGAGAAAAAGGGCUUUGGAAAAUCAAUCCAUGUUCUUGGAUGUGCCGCGUAUUAUCAAAUGACUGGAAUACUUAUAACAGACCUUACAUAUUUUGACAUAUGUGAAUAAUUAUGUUAUUUAUCACUGUAUGAAGCAUUCUUCACUUGGAAUGAGGAAAGUCUGAAGGUUAUUAAAAGUUACCUAAGUUCUUAGAUUUUAUUCUCUAAUGAUAUAUAAAUAUUCUUCCAAUAAAAAAAAAACUUCCAUCUUUAUUUUGAUAUUUUUUGUGUAUCUAUUUGCCAUUUUCAAAUAUAUUCGAGUGCUGUCAGAAGAUGUAUAUGCUUUAUUUCCUUAAUACUAACCUUCCAACAAAUAUCUACUAUUCCUCCAUUAACAAUUUCGAAUUCUUUGAGCUAUGCUAAAAUUUUUCUAGCUUUUGUAAAUAAUAUGUCUUAAAAGGAAUGCUUCAUAAGUGUUGAAGAAAGAAAAAUUCUUUUUGACUGAAAAAUUAACGUAUUCACGUAGCCUGAAUUUUACAACAAUUAAAUUAUUUUUAGAAAAAAAUUAUGAUCGAAAUAUCAAAACAAGUGACUGUUAAAUUUGGGCUUCAAAUAAUUCUUUGCUUAAUAACGAAAGACACAUCAAAUUUAUUAGCAGGCUUCCUCCCAAAUACGAUUAUCAAAUCAUAAAUGAAUCUAGAUUAAAAUUGAAGAACUUUAUAAUAAAAUCGAUUUGAAUUAAAUUGUGUACAGAUUAAUAUCAAUGAUGUUAGUUUUCGAAGUGAAGCAGUCGGGCUUCCAUUCCUUGUACGAUUCAAAAAAAAAAAAAAAAAAAAAAAGCAAUGAAAGUUCACAGGUAUAAUGUGCAUAAAUAAUGAUGUUCCGGCGCGAAGAGAGAUUCAGUCAGAAAUAGAUAUUGCCAUAACGUAAGAAUCUCAAAAUAAUAAUGGAGUUUCUUUUAAAGAAUAAGCCUAAGUGAAGAAUAAUAAGUGAUAAAUAUCAUUAUUUUGAACUAUAUAGUCAGAAAUCGAAGUGGUUAUACCCAGCAAAGGCGUAUAUUACUUUGUGUAAAUUGACCUGUAUUCGAUCCAUAGCUCUGGCUAUUCCAAGUAUAUGUUUGCUUUUAGAAUGUACCUUUAGAUAAUAUUUGUUCUCUGGAUCGAUGAAGUACAAAUAUUCAAAUUUUGUCAUUCAUACACAAACUUUGGACCAAAAACCUGUUAAAACUUGUUUAAAUGUAUUGUAGCUUAAUGUUAGAAAAUAAUGAUUUCGUUUUGGGAACUGUAAUGUUUAAUCGAAAUCAAACAAGUCUGGAAUUCACAUAAAAGAAGCUGGAAACGUUUUUAUGUGAAUUAGGUUUCAUAAUCAGUGCUUGGUUUUAACCGCACUAAUUUGAAAUGCUUCUUUUGAAUUUCAAUAAAUAUUGCAUUUGAAGACCCUGAGGAAGAACUAUUUAUGCGCAUUAACGUGAAAUUGGAGAAAAUGAGUUUUUUAUUUCUGGAAUCCCAGUGAUAAAAAGUGCUGUUAUAAAAUCAGAAAAACAAUUCGUAGAGAAAUAAGUUUUAAAUUUUUUUAGGUGACUAAAAUCCUUCUUCCCAGUAUCUUCUGUUAAUCUUGGGAACACGUGUUCUGUCAUAAUCAUUACCAUUAGCAACAUCUUCUGUCCAAGUAGUUUUUCAUAAAACGUUUUAGACACAGGGUGGUUGAGGAACCCAUGGACAUUUAAAAAAAUUAUUAUCAUUUUUAUGAAGAAUGACUGCACAACGAUAAAAUCUUGCAUAUCAUUUCAAAUGCUGUAUGUCUUUGAUUCUUUUAUUAGAAGUCUUCCAUUUUACAGCUUCUUCGGUUUUCUUACACAUUUUUAAGGAAUAAUGGACUUUUUCUAUUUGAGUAAGUUAAUAAACUCAGUUACUUUAGGAAUAAUGUCCUCAAGACUUGCAUGCUCACGGUUUGUGUGUUUUCGUCUGCGGUUUACCGGUGCAUUUUUGUCAAUGACUAAAGUUUCUCUGAUUUUUGAACCCAGUGUUUUGUAAUGCUGCGAAACGAAGUGUCAAUGAAGACAUUUAUACAAACUUCGCACCAAUUCAACGCCUGACAUACAAGCAACUUGCUCGAUAAGAGUAACACUUUGUGCGACUCCCAAACAUCGAUGUCGGCGCAUCACAGGCAAAAGCUUUAUAAGCCCGCCGAGAUAUUGCUUCUCUGCAAUAAUAUACCCAGGUGCAUUUAAAUGCUUUAAGAGUAUGUUGUGCUUCAUUAUCAUAAAUCAAAGAAAUACAUUGAGAACGUUUGCACUUACAACCAUGUCCUAGCUCGUGCGUGGUUGCCCUUAAAACGUUUAUAACAUCACAGAUUCUCACUAUUUUCUUCCUAAACUCGGCCAUUGAAUCGAAAGUCUGCAUUAGAACCUUCACUUGCCCAUGCUCACACUACUGAAGAUAUAAUGGACGAUAGCAAUAGGUCAUUGUUACAAGACACAAGAAUAAGCCUGAUGAAGCAAGUUGGACAUAAGUGCUUCUUCGUGGCCCAUGAGCAAAUAUUGCUUUUCUUCAGCGCGAAAAAUCUUUCUUCUGUUGAAUUAAGGAGCUGGAUACUUUUUAUUCGGAAGCGAUUCAUAAUGUAGAAGCAAUUCCUUGACUUCAAUUUUUACAAAAAUAUUUAACAUGAAUGGUUUUUCCCCGGGUCUUCGUUUUAGUUGACUAAUUUUGUUUUUAAUUACAACAAUAUUCCAAGCUUUGAAAUGAAAUAUUUUUAACGCCCAUGAUGCAAAGAACAUAAUUUUUCUAAAAUAAAAUUUGAAUUAUUUAUCUGAUAUAUGAUAUCUGAUCUUUCGUAUUCUCAUAUAUUAGUUCAAAUUGUGUUUCUGACCAGCUUGAUUAAAUUGCAAUCAGUCUAAAAAAUAUAUUGAGAUGUUUUUUACCUGAAAAUUUAAUUAAUAGUAGUAUGGAGACGAGCUAAUUUAUUCAAUUAAAUUAUUUUAGUUUAAAUUUCAUUCUUAAAAUUUGGUACCAUUUUAAUCUACAUUUUCUAUGGGCAUUAAAAGUUAAAAAUAUUAAAUUUGCUAUUUAUGCUAGUUCUUGUACUAGUAUCAUUUUAGAAAGUAUAUUUAUCUUUCUGUUUUUCUUCUUAACACAUUAAUAAGUAAAGAUAAACACACAGAGAUUAUUGCUUGCUUGUUAUUUCUAUUAAAGAAAUAAGGUCUUACAUAUCAAGACCUUAGACUGUAUCUGCUGAAAACGUAAUUUCAGGGACUGGAUGUACAACGUGGUUUUAUGGAACCUAAUCUAUUGCAUAAAUGAAUAUGUCCAUGAUCAAUAUUCUUCAGUGUAUGAAGAAGCUGUGACUGACAUAUUGUAAAAUUGAUUAAGUUUCAUUGAAAAUUUUAUUUAUGUGACUCUUUUCCCGGUGGGAAUGUUGUUUUAUGUACAAUUAAAGUUGAAAUGCUUAUUAUAAAA